AUGAUGCCCUUCCCCGAGCGGCGCAAUGAAGCCGCGAUGCUGCGGGCGUUUCACAAGCAGUAUCCCAGCUACAACUUGACGCCGCUGCUCUACAAGCGGCAGCAGCAAUUGAUCGAUGCUCGGGCCUUCAACGAGUGGCUGGCCAACCGGCGGCAGCGCCAGGAAGGCGAGGCCUAUACGGAUGAAGUGGGGCGUGCAGUCGACGCCGUUAACAGGAGGAUCCCCCAGUUGAGGUGGGCCCCCGCCGAGCGGGCGGGCGUGCGUCGCGUGGCCCGCGAUGUGGCUGCCGGGCGCAACACUAGCGACUCUGUCCUGGGCUACAUCGCUGAGGGCGAGCCCUUGCCCAUCGACCUCCCAAACCGCAAUGCCAGCAUCCUGACUUCCAGCCACUUCUGGCUGGACGACUAUCCCCAGAGCUCCGAGCCCGAGCCAGCCCCGCUGCCCCACACGACCGUGAACCCUGCAGCAGCCUACGAGGAUGCCAAUGAAGGGUAUGAUGGCGUGCCCUUCCCCCGCCGAGAUUUCCUGCGCCCACGGCCCUUUGACAUGGACAGCGAACCGGAUUUUGGGGCCGUGGACCCCGGGCAGGCUCUAAGAAACGACGGGUUUCAGCCCCCAGCACCGCCAAGCUUCCUCAGCCGGAUGCAGCAGGCUGAAGCCGCUGCGGGAGCUGCAGCUGGACUGGCGGGCUCUGCCUCUGCCAUUGCGGGGCACGGACAAGACCUAUACAAUGCAGCGCGCAGGGGAAGGAACUGGAUCGACCGGAACCUACGCAUUCCGCGCACGCCCGAGGGCCUCGCGCCCCCGCCCGACGAAGUAGCUCCACCCCAAAUCAUCGGCCGGCCAAGUGAAGUGGAGCCGCUUCUGGAGCGGGUGGCCGAGGCGGAGGCGACCGAGGGCUUCGCUUCCACCGCAGAAAUGGCUGCGGGGGCUGCAGAAGCGGCAGGUGCUGCAGAGGCCGCAGCGGGUCCGGGCGCGCUUGCGCUGUUUGGCGAGGCAGCAUUGGGCACCGCUGCGGGCAUGGGAGCAGCGGCGGGGGGCUUGGCUGUGGCAGGCGGGGCGGCCGCACUCGUGGGAACCGCAUGGGCACUGCACGGCGGCAUGGUGGCGGCAGAGCACCUUUUGGGCUGGGGUGGAGGCGGAGGAACCGACACGGACGCCUCCCGACCCAGCUCGGCCCCCGACAUCCAGACCUUGAAUGGGAUGCAGGAGUUUGGGGCGGAGCAGCACUUCCAGCUCCGGGAGCCACAGGCCUCACGGCAACGCCCGCAGUUUUACCGCAUGGACACCGACAGCGAAUCGGAGCCGCGGGCCCAGCCGCCCCCGCGCAUGCAGGCUCGCCCCGCGAGGCCCACGCGCUUCCCCACGGGCUUGAACCCCGCUCCCUUGGCGCAGUCCUCGGGCAGCGAGUCCUCCCGCGGGCCUCGCAUGCAGAGGCCGUCCCGCGCCGCACCGCCCCCGUCGUUCGAGGCGCUUCGAAGCGCGAGCGAGCCGGAGGCCGCGUGA